AUGUCUGAUUGUAAACCAGCUGUUAUUAUUGAUAACGGUUCUUAUAUUAUGAAAGCUGGAUUGUCAGACCAAAAAGAAAAUGUCCCGAAAUGUGUGUUUCCAAGUAUAGUUGGUUACUCAAAAACGAACGAAACAGACAUUUUUGUUGGUAAUAAAGCAUUUGAAAAACAAAACGAACUUCGUAUUGUUGAUGUGUUUGAUAAUGCAACAGUAGCAGACUAUGAAGCACUUGAGAAACUGUGGAAAUACACAUAUGAACAACUCAAAACUGAUCCAAAAGAACAUAAUUU